UCUGAGAGACUGGAUCUGAUCCCGCCAUUCAGCGGUUUUUACUUAGUAACAGCCUGUCAUGCGGACAUCCCCAGCGGGCCUCGCCUGUGGUGGCUUAAAUUGGCAAGCGACGGACACAGCCUGGAAAUUCGGAACAUCGGGGUCCUUGGUUUCCGACAUAGGUUCAACUUUCCUACCGGAUAAAGCAAGCCGAUUUGUUUACCAGUGCAAUGCGAUCGAUGGGGGUGGUAUCGCGGAAUACGCUAUGGGGUGUGGACACCCGUUCAAAAGGAUGUGUGGCAAAUCGAUGCGGAGGACGACGAGCAAUGGAGUAGCCGGACCCCAGACUCUGACAUGUCACGUAUCACCGUGUUCCCCCAUUCCGUCCCCCUCAGAUCAAGUCGGUUAUGCUUUCGCGUUCCCCUCUCACCCUUCUCCUCCUCUUCUCGUCGCCGUGAGGAGCCCGGUUACCCGGGGAAGAGUGGUGGUGUUUACCCGGGGAUAAAUAAGUCCGUAGUUCGGAUGAUCGUAACCUGGCUCAAAGAUGACAAAAGGGAUGGGGGUAUGGUUGAAAAAGGUACAGGAUACGUAGACUCUGACUCUGUUCUAACACCAGAACAUGUAGGAACAUUGCACUCAGUCGAAGAAUGCGGCUUUCAAGGUGGUGGGAAGCCCCUCCAAGUGACUUGUGAAGAUGGCAGAGUUCACUCCCGAUACCACCGCCCCGGGAUUUUCCGUCCGUCGGCCUUCCGUCAUUGCAUUCAAAUGAAGAAUUGGAGACUGGCAGCCGUCGCGAACCGGAUUUAUCGAUUGUUCUAUCGUUGUAUGCUUGCGUACGACCGAGGUGAGAUUGGAUCUUUGUGGACCAAAACUACUGUCUGCUACUUCUGUCUGUGAUGGACUUGCCCCGGGGGCUGAUGAACUUCCGACUUCGGCCAGAUUCUGCAGUCCUCAUACAUGCAUGCUCUCAAGCAAUGUACAAUGUCGAC